UCUAGAAAAUCGAAGGGAAAGGAGUUAUUCAAACACUGGAGUCUUCUGGUCUAUUGAAACAAUUAUAAGAUAUUGAAUAUGCUUUGGUUCGAAGGAUCCGUGGCAGAAGCCAUUGCUGAAUCGAGAAGGAUUGGAUCACUAUUUGUUGUGUAUAUAAAAGGCAAUGAUGAACAGUCCAGAAAAAUGGAUGCUGUUUGGGAAAACACAAAGAUAAAUGAGGUCUGCAUGGCAGAUUGUACUGCAAUAAAAUUACUUGAUGAUAGCAAUGAACUGAAACAAUUUUCUUCCAUUUAUCCUGUGAUUUGUAUUCCAUGUACAUACUUUCUUGAUGGAACAGGCACACCAUUGGAAGUUAUUGCUGUCCCUCUGUCUGUUGAUCAGUUUUUGGACAAAAUCAAUCAGACAAUUCAGAAACAUCGUGUAAAGUUUCCCAAAGUGGUAGCCCAACCUAAUGUAGAGUCCAUGUCUUUGCCAAGAACUUCACAAUCACCAGGUGCUAGCACCAGUAACGGGCCAGUGCAAGAUGAUUCUGAACAGAGUUUGACUGACAGAGUUACCAGAGCAAAGAAGUUAAUUGAAGAGAAGAAAAGAGAAAGGGCAGAAAAGGAAAAAGAGGAUGGACGUCGUAAAGAAGCUGAAAGACGAAAAGAAGGACAGGCUUUGUUGAAAGCAAAGGCAGAAAGAGAAGAAACGCUUGCCCAGCAAAUGGCUGAAAGAAUAAGGUCUGAGAAAGCAAAAGACAAAGCUGCAAAAGAAGCCAUCCGUCAGAAGAUCGCGCAAGAUAAAGCAGAACGAGCCGCCAGAGAGAUUGUACAGCAAGAAGAGAGACGUCAUGUAGCUGCGAGGGUUGACCCACGAGUCGAUCACAAUGAACGUAAUAUGCAAUGUUCCGAAGUACGUCUGCAGUUUCGUCUUCCCGAUGGCAGUUCAUUGACACAAAAUUUCCCUCCAGAUGCCCUUCUUCAGGCGGCGAGAGAAUUCAUUUGUUCGCGAACGAGUUUUACAAAUCAAGUAACGUUUUGGACGACGUUUCCUCGUAAACAUCUUGUCGAAGACGAUUUUACGAGAACUCUUAGCGACCUUGGUUUAGCUCCAAGCGCUGCUCUGAUAGUCGAUCCGACAACAUCGAGCAGUUCUCGUGCUUCAGACAACUCGUCAUUCGUAACAUCAAUGGUAUUCUACAUCAUGGCUCCGUUCUUAGCUCUGAUAUCGUGGAUCAAAUAUUUUUUGUUUGCGUCACCACAAGAAACUCGAGGAGUUGCAGAACAAGGGACAAACCACGAAACAAGUGAUUCUGCAAGUACGUCAUCGUCUUCGGCAUCCGAAAUUCGCAGAAGAAAGAGAGAUGAGCAAAAUGAAGAACACUUCAAGAAGGAUGGAAAGAUUCAUUCAUUUAAACAACCUGAUAAGGAUGAUGACGAAAAUAACACUUGGAAUGGAAACUCAACACAGCAGAUGUGAAAUAUAAUCUUUCGCCAGAUAUAUCUUUUACCCGAAGAAUCACCAUCCGGAAUUUACUCUUAAAAAUUUAUUAUAAUGCGAUUUAAUGUCUUUGAUAAAUUAGUGAUAUCCUGUGCAACCGCAACCGGCGAUUUUAGUUGGUCGGUUUUAGUCGGCUGACCAGAAAAAAUAAAUAUAUGAUCGUUUUC